UGUCAGAUUCAGACACACACUGCUCUGUGUGUAUGUGUGUGUCUGUGUGUGAGAGGGAGAUGAGAGGAGCAGAGGAGAGCUGAGGAACAGAUAGAAAGAGACAGCAGAGGAGCACAAAGUGAGGCCAGUUCACCGAUGGAUCAGGAUUCAUACCAGAAACCCAGGGGAUUCCAUGGACACACAUCGACCCGAAUGACAUCCCUGCCUAGUGCAGCCGAUCGACACUAAUGCCGAUGCGCUGCAUGCGUUUGUAGAGCAGCAAGGCCAAGGGGUCAGGGGUGAAAGGUCAAAGACUGCAGAGCCAGAGCGGACGCUGAGGUUGAAGGGCGUCAGGAGGGGGGACCACAGGGAUACGAGAAGAAUCAGGGUUCAGGAACUAAAGUCUCAGUGACAGAGGAGAGUCAAGGGGUCAAAGAUGAUGACAUCACAUGUGAAGCUGAGGAGGGAGAAAGGGAGUCUGCCCGAGUAUGAAUUGCAGAUGAAAGACCUCCGGGCUCAGCUGACAGACCAGAUCAAGAUUUUAGACUCUCAGGUGGAGGUGAAGCAGCAGCAGCUCUCAGACCUCUCCGAGUUUCUCCGGCGUCGAGGCGACAUUGAGGCCGAAUAUGCACGCGCCCUCGACAAACUCACAGAGAGGUUCACCCACAAGACGAAGAAGAAGGAGCAGUGGGGUCAGUCUGUGUGUCAGGUCUGGUCGGUUUUGCUGACUCAGACUCGUCUGGAGAGUCGGGAACAUGCAGCCCUGGGUGACACCUGCUGCAACACACUCACACAGAGACUGGCACACAGUACAGAGGACACACACCGUCUGCACAAGAGGAGCAAAGAAGUGGGAAUCCAGAUGCAGGAUGAGUUGCUAAAGGUCACGACUGAACUCCAGACGGCUACGAAGACGUAUAACCUGUACCACAUCGACUGUCUGAUAGCUGAGGGGAAGCUGAAAGAAGCCGAGCGAUUGGAGGAGAGACACACAGGCAAGUCGGCUGAGCUUGGCCCCAGCCAAUACGGGGGACAGAGGCGGAGCUCCGUCAAGAAGAUGGAGAGAUUAAUGGAGAAGAGGCACGGCAGGGUGCAGGAGAACCAGCUGAAGUGUACCAAGGCUCGUAACGAUUACCUUCUGAAUCUCGCAGCAGCCAAUGCAGCCAUGAACAAAUACUACCUGCAGGACGUGAGCACUCUCAUAGAUUGCUGCGACCUCGGUUUCCAUCUGGCUGUGGAGAGGGUGAUGAAGUGCUACCUGGCCAGCAGGUGGCGCAUCCAGAAGACGGAGGAGACGGGGCUUAAGCAGUUGGAGGCCGCUGUGACGUCCCUGGACCAAGGGGGAGACAGAGAUGGGUUACUACAGCAACACGACUCCGCCUUCUGUCUCCCAUUCAGAUUCAACUACCACCCACACGAGGGAGACCAGGUGUGUGAGGUGAGUGCGGAGAGCCAGGUGAGGUACGAGCUGGAGACCAGAUUCCAGCAGCUUCAGUCUCGACUCGCUGCUGUUACCUUGGAAACAGAGGAGAUCAGUAAAACACUCAAAGCCACGCUCACAGCCCUGCUGGACGUCAUGUGUGACAGCGACUGUAACCCCUCCCCCGAUGUGCCCAGCAGCCUAUCAAACGAGCCGCCCGGGGGAAGCACAGCCCCAAAACUUGCCCUCGCCAAGCGUCGAGCCAAUCAGCAGGAGACAGAGACCUACUAUUUUACAAAAGUGAAGGAGUUCCUCACCAGCAGUUCUUUGACCUCCAAACUUCAAGCCAAACAUGAUAUUCUACAAGAUGCCAUACAGAAAGCGGAGGCUGUGGACAGUGACCCUUCCAGAAUGCAAUGCGCUCGGUCAAUGCGCGUUUGGAAGUCCAGACCUGUUUCCCAAUUCUGCCACACACUCUUCACCACAGACAUACUCUCCUACAUACAGAGCACUGGGCAGCAGAUUCCUGUGGUGGUUGAAAGCUGCAUCCGUUUCAUUAACCUUCACGGCCUCCACCAUGAAGGAAUAUUCAGAGUUCCUGGGUCACAGAGGGAGGUUAACCUCAUUAGAGACUCAUUUGAGAGAGGAGAGGAUCCUCUGUCAGACAGUGAGUGUGACAUGGAUUCCGUGGCUGGUGUGCUGAAGCUUUACUUCAGGGGUCUGGAGCCUCCUCUCUUCCCGUAUGGCAGCUACCUUCAGCUGCUGGAGUGUGUCCAAAUUGAGGACGAUGCAGAGAAAGCUGCCCAGAUUAAAGCGAUUGUCUCCACCUACCCACGGCCUCUCCCCGUGGUGAUGCGCUACCUUUUUGCUUUCCUCAAUCAUGUGUCUCAGUACAGUGACGAGAACAUGAUGCAGCCCUACAACCUGGCAGUGUGCUUCGGCCCGAGCCUGCUGAGAGGGAUAGAUUCUGAUGACGCUGUUGCUAGGCAGCCACAGGUUAAUGACCUCGUCAAAACCAUGAUCCUGCUACAUGACAUCAUCUUCCCUGGCCAAUCGGAGCUGCCGGGUCCCGUCUACGAGAAGCACAUGACUCUGGAGCAGGAGUACUGUGAACCAAUCACAGAGGAGGGAGACGGAGAGACCGAGCAUCUGCCCAGUGAGGAUGAGUGGGAGGCAGUGGCUAUGUUCGACUAUGCGGCGAGAUCUCCAGCAGAGCUGACAUUCAAGCAGGGAGACCUUCUCAUCCUUCACAGCAAGGCCUCAAGUGAUUGGUGGAGAGGCGAAGUGGGAGGGGUUAAGGGUCUCAUCCCUCACAAGUACAUCAGCAUGCUGGAAGGGUCGGAGCGCGGGAAAAGAGAAGAUGGGGGAGGAGGGAGGGGAGGAGGCAGCACUGGAAACCUGUCAGUGGAAGAUACACAGACGGAAAACACUACUCGGAUGCGAGUGAACAGCGACAGUGCUUCGUUACCUGGAAGACAGAGAGGGAGUGAUGGGAGUCCCAGUCGUAAGGCUCCAACCUCUCCCGCCACACGACACCUGCCAGUGUCCCAGGAGAGAAGACACACUUUGGACACAGUGAGACAGGGCGGCUUCCGACCCACAGACAAACCCCCGUUUGUUCAGGCAGAAAGAACAGCAGUUGACAAGGACAUGAUCAACCGUCAGAUGAACUCCGUGUUCAAAGAGCUUCUGUUACGCCAGCCUACUGUUCAGACGUCAGCCCUCGCCACCCCUGCUGCCCCAGCUCCCUCUUCAUCCUCCUCUUCCUCACUUCCCCAAGCUGCACCCGCUGCGAAAAAAGUAGGAUUCGGCCUCAGAGGACGGACGCUUUUCAGACCAGUGGACUGACAGACAGGAGAGGAUGAUGAUGAUGAUGAUUACACUGUUAACGAUGAAGUCUUGAUUCAUUUUAUAUAAUGUAUAAUAUUUGCGUCUCUGCCAUCUCAUAGUGCCACUAGUCUCGGUGCCGUGUUACUGUACGUCCAGUGUGUCUUGUUUUCCAGCUGGUUUUGGUCCUUUUUAGGUUCUGGUCUGACUUUCGUUCACCAGGUUUUUGCAAUUUUGAGAGAAUCAGGGAUGUGACAUCACCAGUGAUUUCACCAGACUGACUUUUAAGAGUACUUACCAUGAUAAGACAGAAACAAGAAAAGACUUAAGCUGCCCCCUAGUGGCAGGUCUGAGAUCAGCUCUGCCUAUAAUGUUUGCUUUUUGAAUAGCAAAACUGAUCCAGGGCCUGUGUCUAGGAGUGCCUUCACAUCUUAUUCUUAUCUUAAUAUUCACAUUCAUUUCAUUUCAAAAGACCUGCUAGGUUUCAACUCAUGGUGUAUUUAUAUUCAAAAAAUGUGAUCCAGAAAGACGAGGCCUAAAGAGUUAAAGUAAAUGGGUAAGACAUUAUGAAUUAUUACUAAAUAUAUUUGGCCCAAAAAUUAUGAAAUAACUAAGGAAAUUGAUCAAAUUGAACUCUUAAGUAAUAACUUUUUUCAGAGGAAGAAAAAUACUUUUCCAAAUGAAAUUUUAUUUUACGUCACUUUUCCUAUAACAAAGUGACGAACAAAUGAAUAUUGCCAAGCAUUUUCCCAAUGAGCCUAAUUCCAUGUUACACUUUUUAAAGAGCAUAUUUAUGCUAUGAUUAUUUCUUUAAUAAAUAAUACUGAACACUGUAGUGCUCUUUGACGCUAGCUGGAAAAACUGUAAGCAGUGAGAUCAGUAAUUAAUUGCAGCAUGCAGUGUUACACACACACACACACACACUAGAUCAAACCAAGAUUCCCCUUCAUAUGUGAUACAUGGCCUAAUGCGCAGGCCAAAUCUCAGGGCUAUAGCAGAGUUAGAGACGGGCUAACUCAGGUUUGGCUUUGAAGGAACAGGUAGAGCUUUUUUCUCUCAGGGCUUUGGUUGACUUACUCCUCAACUGGAAACUGUGCCCUAGCCUCAAGAGCCCAAAUGGCCCCCAUAUCAGAGAGGGUUUAAACUGUGAACGCUUUGGAGCCAAGAUCAAAACUUUUGUCUCAUUCAUCCACACAUUUGGCCCCCUGACUAUAUAGAUCUAUAGCACCACCCACAGGUCCAAUUACAAUGUAUGUUUCGAAUCUUUGGAGUAAGGUGUUUGAUUCCUUGGACUCAAAAGGAAUUUGAAAUGUUUUUUACAUAUGGCAUCUCUCCUCUGUCGUGUUUCAGUAUCAGAAAAAAAUAGAAGUAGAAUCACCUUGCCAAAUACUGAUUCUGCUUCUAUGAUUAAAAGACCCUGUUAUCCUGGAUCACUGUCUGAUGAUGUCACAAAGUGUACUGUGUCAAACUGUAUAUGUGGUAAAAGAAAUAUGAAUACAAUAAAGACCAUAAAGCAAUGAA